AGAUUUUUUAGCUUUUAACAUGAACGUAUGAGCAAACAUUUGUUAUUUAGAGAUUUCAGUUUGAUUCUUGAUGUUGGAUAGAUCGGUUCUAGAUACGGUUGUUGUUUGAAACAAACACUUACAAAAAACCAACGAACGAAAUUAUUUGAUUUAUAUUUUUUUUCUUAGUUUUGUUUAAUGUUAAAAGCAAAGAACAACUUAAAUCAAAAUUCCAUAAAGAAUUUAAGUGUUGUUGUUUAAUACAAAGUUAAAACAAAAUAUUUAAAACGAAUCUUGAACAAAAAUCCCUUCUAAAUAAACAAAAAAAGGAUACGAUAGUUUUCCAAAUCAAAAGCAACUGAAAUUAACACAAACCAAUUUAUUUAUUUUAAUUGAACAAAAAAAAAAACAAACAAAUCAAUAACAAAAAACCCAAUUGUGAUAUUUAAACUUUUAUUUAUUUAUAAAUUUAACAACAACCUCAAAAAAACAAACAAACCACAAAAUGAAUGAUUACUGGCAUAUACCCAGAGCUUCACUCUCACCAUCCUCCGCAUCAUCGGCUGUAUCGUCAGCAUCAUCGACACAGCGCAGCAAUCGCUCGCAAAAUAAACAAAAACUAACGCCCACACACUAUAGACAGCAGCAGCAGCUGCCUAGUGGUGUGGCGGUUAUAGCAGGAGUUGGAGGAAGACGUGAUAGUGAAAUGAGCGCCAACACUAGUGCAGCGGUAACAGCAGCUGCAGCCGCCGCUGUAUUGGCAGCCGCCAAAAGAGGUUCCAGAUCAUCUCAAGGUAGCAAUGACAGCAAUAAUAGUACAAGGAGUGCCGCUUCUGGUUCUUUGCUUUUGACAGCAGCGAAUUUAGAACGCAUGGCUGAGAUCCAUAAAAAACAACAACAACAGCAGCAGCAGCUAAAUCAGCGCACAGCAGCAGUCUCAUCAACCUACAAUGCAAAUUUGGUUCAAGUCUCUAGAGAUUAUCAAUUGGCAGUCAUGCCACAGACAACAGAUGCUAGAGGAAAAAUUAAUCAUCAACAGCAGCAACAACAACUGCAUCAAAAUCAACAUCAAGAUCAGACCCAAACUGAUGCUGUCAUUAAUAUUGAUCCUAAUUUGAAUUUUAUUAGAACCAAAGAUUUGGACACGGUGUCCAUAGCCAGCUCAAUGCAUUUUACUAUGGUCAAUGGUGAGGCCGGAAAUAAGAAAACCAAAAAAGGUUUAUGCGAUCGUGGCAGACAAGUGACUGUUCUGAUCAUGACAAUGAGUACAAUAUUUUUAUUGCUCAUUAUUGGUAUGGUGUAUGCACUAGAAAUGCGUGCUCGUGAAAUGCCUCAAAGUUAACAACACUUUUUAAUUAAAAUAACAAAAAAAAACUUUUGAAUCUCUUUCCCGCGUAAAAAAAACAAAUUAAUCAAGAGAAAAGCUAAACUCAAUCCAAUUAAGAGCAAGUCAAUUACCCAAAAGAGAGAGAGAGAAAACAAGAGAAAAUCAUAAAAAUAGUAUUUAAAUUGGAGAGUUCAUUUUACAGUCAUUGUAAAAAAUUAACGUAUACACCAUUAUUAAUUUUAUUUAAAAACAUUUUUAAAAAAAAGCUUUUUUAAGCUUAAAAGAGAAAAAAUCUUAAAAAAGAAAGCAAUUGUUAAUUAAUGAAAAAAUUUUAGUUUGUAAGAUUAUUUAUUUUAUUUUAUACGAAAAAAACAUGCAAGAAAAACACAUUCUAUGUCAUCAAAAAAGUAAUCACAUUAAAACAACAACAAAAUAUGCCGUGUUUUAUCAUGAAAAAAACACUUAAUUAAUUUAAUUUAUAUAGUUUAAUUUACUUUUUUUAACAAUUAAACAACAUUCAAAACAAAAAAGGAAAAACACUUAAAAAGAAUUCAACAAAAAAGUUUAAUUAUUUUUUAAAUUCAUUAAAAAAUAAAUUUUAAACCAAA